UUGGUGUAUGGUUACAUAAAUUCCCCAAAAUUUUAUAAGCUCAGAGCAUCAAGGCUGUGGAUACAUCAACAGAAGCAAAAAAAUUUAGCCCAGGCGGUCGACGCCAUGACACUCCCAACCAGAAAUGCAGGGGUUUCAGUGAAAACAUUCUCUCAUCCCACUCUCUCGUGGCCCCGGGACACCAAUAAUCAGAGACCUGCUCAGGCUGAACCUGUCAUGGGUGGAGGCGAUUGGAGGACUCAACUUCCUCCUUCUGCCCGCCAGAGGAUUGCUAACAAAAUCAUGGACAAGUUGAAGAGACAUCUUCCUGCUUCUGGACCAGAGGGACUGCAUGAGCUAAGGAAAAUUGCUGAAAGGUUUGAGGAAAAGAUUUAUUCUACUGCCACAAGCCAGUCUGAUUACCUUCGGAAAUUAUCUCUGAAGAUGCUGACAAUGGAAACAAAAUUUUGUAAUGCUGCAAUGCCAUCCAACUCUACUGGUCCCAACAAAAAAUCCUCUAAUGGCAAGAAAUCCACUGCUGGCAAGAAAUCCGCUGCUGGCAAAAAAUCCCACAGAUCCAGAUUCUGAGACUGGAAAACAAAGUUGGUUGGAAGCUAUUGAUAUCGCCAUUAUUUCACAUUUAUAUUAUGGUUUGGAAAUUCGGAAAUGUAGAAUCUAAGUAACAAUUUGAUUUACGCUUGCCAUAAUUUCUAGAUAGAAUGUUCUAUGAUGUUUGAAUGUUGACUCCUUUUUGUAUUGACAUGUUAGAUUUGCGCUUGGAAGCUUUCAAAUGUUGUAGUGUAUACCAUUCAAUCUAGAACUUGGUUAGAAUA